UGGAGAACGAAAUACGUAAACUUUAUGAUGUAGAGUUUUCAGAUGCUUAUUCAAGUGAUAAAUCAUUAUCAGUAGACGACAAGGCGGCUAUAAAGAUUGUGGAAGUUGGCACGCGCUUCGACAACGGUCAUUUUGUAGUUUCUAUACCGUGGAAAAAGAAUCCAGAUAUGAAAGUGGAUAAUUAUGAAGUAGCAAACCGUAGAUUACAAAGUUUGAAGGGUAUGUUGUCGAAGGAUGUCAGUCUGCACAUCAAGUAUAUCAAAAGUACUGAAAGUGAUUUUACUAAGACUUAUGCGAAGAGGGUCUUUGAAAUAUAUCUGCAGUCUUAUCGCCCUCGAUGGUAUUUACCUCAUCAUGCAGUAUUAAACAUGAAAAACCAGAUCUUAGAGUGGUCCUUGAUUGUGCCGCCCAGUUUGCAGGGGUUCCCCAAAUGAUAUGAUUUAUCAAGAACCCGAUACCACCGCUGAGUUAAGGUGUAUAUUAAUAAGUUUUCGCAAGGAGGCAGUUGCAAUCCCUGCAGAUGUUGAAGAAAUGUUCAUGUAAGUGAAGGUCCCUGAGUCUGAUCGAGGAGCUUCAAGAUUUCUGUGGUGGCAGGAGGGAGACAUGUCGAGGGAACCAUCCGAGUUUCAAAUGACAUCCCAUCCAUUUGAUGCCACAUCAUCGCCAUUUUGCGCGAACUUUGCCCUGAAUAAGACGGCCCAAAUAUUCUCUGACGGUUGUGAUGGUUAUGUUGUAGAUGAUGUCAAGAAUAAUUUCUAUGUUGAUGAUUGCUUGAUAUCCGUUCCCACUUGUGAUCAAACAAAGAGUUUCGUUAAGCAUAUAAGUGAAUUAUUAUGUAGAGGAAGUAUACAAAAAAUGACCGAUCUUGAAUCUUGGUUCAAAUGUCCUACUUUAUUGCAUGGCGAAUUUUAUAUAACAAUCACUGACUGUCCGGAACCUACUCUUGACGAUAUUGAGUUUAGAAAAACUGCUGUGGUUAACUUGAGUAGUAUAAAGUACAGCAAGACACCUGUUCUCUCUUAUUAUUCCGAGUGGUUGAAAUUGGUCAGAGUUGUAACCUGGUUUAGAAGGUUCAUCGAAUUCCUGAUGGUACUUCGUUUACCGAGUUGCGAAGGAUCCGUUCAUCUAGGAUGUUUAAAGGUCAAAGAGCUUGAGAUUGCCAAGCGUAAGAUUUUAUUGAUGGUUCAGAGAGAAGUGUAUGGAGAAUUACUUAGUGAAUUUAAAAACAGCAGUAAAGUAGUAAGCCAUGAUGAUCUGAAAGGUUUAUCGUUGAUAAUGCUUGAUGGGUUACUCUGCGUUGGAGGUCGACUAAGAUACUCAGAUUUCCCAAAUGCUUUUAAAUAUCCAGUAAUUUUACCCAGUCGACACUUAGUGACGGAACUGAUGAUUAGACAUUGUCAUAAAGAACAAGGACACAGGAAGAUCAUUAGAAAAAGGGUAUGGAUAUGUGUUUACUUGUUUGCAAACAUGGGCAGUACAUAUUGAAAUGAUGUGUAGUUUGAUUACUGAUUCAUUUUUAAUGGCUCUAUUACGUUUUAUUGGAAGAAGAAGGAAACCUCUGGAGAUUUACAGUGACAGUGCGUCAAGCUUCGUGGUGACAGUUUCUGAGUUAAGCAGGUUUGUGCAGCAGUCGAAUCAGAAGAUGAACAUUGAAUUGUCAGCGAGGCCCUCAUCCAACAGCAUGGGUGGAGUUUGGGGAAGAGUGAUUAGGUCUAUAUCACGACUGUUAUUGUUGAUCACCAGAGAACAGGUGAAGCAGGUCUCCUUGAAGCUUUAGAUUAGUCUUUGUUGUUAUUAAUGUAGUUAGGUCGAGUAGGCGUACUGUUGUAAGUCCUACUCGUUCCUAUGGUGUGAUAUGUUAUAUAAUGAACCAUGACCGUAGGCAUCAAGGUAGCUUGUGUGGUAUGGAGGGAUUUUGGGGGCCGGUGUAAGAUCCAUUUCGAAGGUUUUGUGUGUUGGUGAAAAUCCCUCCAUGUAUAUACUUGUACUUUGUUCCUAUUGAUCCCCUUAGUUGUACAUUGUUGUAUUUUGAUUACAUUUGAAUUGUUAAUACUUGUAUUUUUUAUUAUAGUUUUUGUUUUCUUACGCAUUCACUAAGUUUGUGUUUCUUCCUGAACUGCAUCUGUGUUGUUUUACUUGACACUUGUUCUUGGCGGUAGCCAUAUUGAUUUGCUCCUCCUUUCCUGUGUGUGUUCUAUCCAGUCAGGAUAGAAUAACGUUCAUUUGUUUUGACUGGUAAUUUUCCCUCAUCUUCUAUCAACUUCUUUAUUUAUUGUAAUUUAGAUUUGAUUGAUUGAACAAUUAUUGGUUGAAUAGCCGGGUGGUAAUAUUUGUUUAGGUAACGAUUUACAUUUAAAUUUAUGAUGAAUUAUAGAACCGCUAUUUACC